AUGUCGUCAAUUAAAAAAACACCUAGCGAAGAUGAAAUCGCCUCAACACUCACUCACCUCAAACUCUCCACCACAUCCCCCCAAAAGCCGCUGCACAAGCCCAAAUCCAAGCCCGUUGCCGACAGCUGGGACGACGAAGACGCAUCCUCGGGCUCCGACACAGAGACCGAAUCCGCCGAUACCAAGCCCACCCUCUCGCCCAUAAGUACCGUCGCCAGCAAUGAAAUAAGCCCGCACCCACCACCGCCCACGCCAGCGUCGCCCACGCCGUUUGAAUUGCCGUAUGACAAUGUGCCAGGUGCGAGGGGAAGCGCGAGGGCGGGAAGUAUAGACAAACGGCCGGAGAAAACGACGGCGGUGGCGGGGCGGUUGAUUGCGGGGGCGCUGGGGGUUAGGGCGCCGAAGAGGACGGAGGAGGAGAGGGAGUUUGACAAGGCGGUUAGGGAGAAGGAGAGGAGGAGGAGGGCGGAGGAGAAGGAGAGGGAGGCAAGGGAAAAGGAGGAGGUGGAGAGGAGGAAGAAGGCGGUUUGGGAUGAUUAG